GGGAGAAGCAGUAGCAGCAGAGAUAGUAGCAUUUUCCACUCUACUUUAUCCAACGACGAAACACUAUGGUGGCAGACACCACAUACUAUGAUUUGCUUGAGGUGAAAAGUACGGCAACCGAGCUUGAGAUCAAAAAGUCGUACCGAAAGCUGGCCAUCAAGUACCACCCAGAUAAAAAUCCGGGGAAUGAGUUGGCGGCAGAAACUUUUAAAAAGAUAAGUGAAGCCUACCAGGUGUUGAGUGAUAAGGAGAAGAGGGUGAGGUAUGACCAGGUGGGUAUUCAAGAGAAUGGAGGCGCAGAAAUGGUUGAUCCUGAGAAGUUUUUUGAUGACAUUUUCGGUGGUGAAUCGUUCGUGCCAUAUGUUGGUGAAUUGACUUUGUUGAAGAACCUCACCAAGGAGAUGGAGUUAGAGCAGACACAGGAGGCAGAAAAGGAGGCCAACAAGCUAAAGCAAGAAGAAGCGGACCGAUAUUACGAGACCCACAAAGUAAACAUAUCUUCUAACAGAUAUUUGGGCGACGAAGGCCUGAGCAACAUGAGUGUAGAAGAACAGCAGAAAGCAUUAGAGGCAGAAAGGAAAAAGCUUCACGAUGCAGAAAGAGAAAGGAUUGAUGAGGAACAGCGACAACACAGGGAGAAAAUCCAAGAUGAGUUAACGAAGAAAUUGAUCAAUAGAUUAUCACUGUAUACCGAAACUGAUAAGUCAGAAGACGUUGUCAGAUCUGUGAAAGAGAAGUUCAGAUUAGAAGCUGAAAAUCUCAAGAUGGAGUCUUUUGGUUUGGAGUUGUUGCAUACCAUCGGUACCAUCUACUACAACAAGGCAAGCACGUUCUUGAAAUCGCAAAACACCUUUCUAGGCAUAGGCGGAUGGUUCGGCACGUUGAAGGAGAAAGGUGGAAUAAUCAAGGACACGUACUCCACCAUAAGCAUUGCCCUAGAUGCACAGAGCACGAUGCAGCAAUUGGCAAAGAUGAACGAAAGAAGAGAAAAGGAAGCGACCAAGGCGAAUGAAUCUGUAGCAGAAAUGGAGAAAAUGCUUAUGGGCAAGAUAAUAGCCGCUGCAUGGAAAGGAUCGCACAUGGAAAUUUCUUCUAAUUUGAGAGAAGUGGUUUCUAAUGUGCUCUAUGACGAAACCGUACCACUUUCGAAAAGGGUUGAGAGAGCAGAAGCGUUGAAGAUCAUUGGCACUGUAUUCAAAAACGCAGAAAGAUCUAAAUGGGAAGCAGAAGAGGCAAAGAUUUUCGAGGAGUUAGUAGCCGAGGCUACGCAGAAGAAAACCAAGAAGAAGUGA